GUAAGUAAAACCGAAUCUGACAUCACCACCCUCUAGUUGCUAGCUCCAUGUAGCUGGCAAGUGGUUUGCUCUUGGGGUAGCAGAGGAGGAAAUUGCUCCCCGUCUGAUAAAACAGCAGUGAAGCGGGGACGCAUGCUGUUUCUUAGGGACACGGCUGAUUUGCAGAUAUGACCAUGUAUAUGUGGCUUAAACUUUUGGCAUUUGGCUUUGCCUUUCUGGACACACAAGUGUUUGUUACAGAAGGACUGAACAUCACAGAAAUUUCCAGUGUUCUGCCUCCAACUAGCCCCUUACUGACUUCCACCACUAUCCCCUCACUCGCAAGCAUCUCUGAAAGAGAAAAUGACUCAUCAGAGACCACAUCUUCUCCUAGUCCAGGUGAUCCAGUCUCACAGACGACUGCCCCACCCACGCACACCGACUCGCAGGCGCCCUCUUCUGGAGGAACUGACCCUCAGACACUCAGCAGCACGGCUGUGCUUACCACACUCAUGACUACUCUGAGCAGGCCUGAUCCUUCAGGUGUCCCCGAUGGGAGGAGACUAAUCAGCACCAUUCCUGCAGACACAGCCUUCACUCCAGCAGUCACCCGCACACCUGCAUACAACAGCUCUGCUGUCUUACCUGCACACACCACCAACAUCAGCACCACAGAGAACUCCUCAGGUUCUGACAAUACAACCCCAGAAGCCCAUUCGACCAUUCCAUGGAGCACUGCCCCUCCAACCACAACAAAAGUUGCUACUACAACUAAACCAACAUGUGAGGAAAAAUACAAGGACAUCUCUGUGAAUUAUAAAUAUGACAAAUCUAAUAAAUUAUUUGUGGCAGAGCUGAAUGUUAAAGAUAAUGUGUCAUGUAACCUUCAAGAAUGUGAACCAAUAUUGCAAAAUCUACAGGGAUGUUACAAUGGUGAAUUGAAUAUAUCACAUUCUUCAUGUAUUGCUCCACCUAAAGUGUUACAAUUAGAUGUACCACCAGAUCUUGAAAAGUUUAAGUUAGUUAGUUGCACACCAGGAGAAGCAGCAAAUACUUCCAUUUGUUUAAAAUGGGAAGAAAAACCUGCUUGUGGUGAAGAGAAAUUUGACUACAGAUAUCAAUGUGGUAAUUUGACAUCUACUAAGAAAGAAGCACAAUUUAAAGACCUUCUUCCGAAAAAAAACUAUAGUUGUACAUCAGAAGUGUUAUAUAAUGGCAAUUCAUAUACUAAUGACAGUAUAUUUAUUGAGACAGAUUUUGGAACUCCAGGAAUGCCUCAGAAUCUUUCUUGCCGUGGUGAAAGUGAUGAAAAAGGAGUAAUUUGCUGGAAAUCCCCAGAAAGUGGGUUCACUCCCAGUGGAUUUGUUCUUUGUCAUGAGCUCAAUUCAGGAGAAAAAUGUGUCACUCUGGAGAUGAACCAAAGCAAAUAUGAUUUGAGAAAUUUGAAACCCUUUCAAAAAUAUAGUGUAUCAUUAUACGCCUUUGUCAUUGCAAAAAUACAACGUAAUGGAAAUGCUACUCGGUGUGAAUUUCAAACCCAAGCAGGAUAUCCAACCGAGGUCCAGAGAUUGAGUGUCACCCAGAUGGGAGACAACAGUUUAUCUGUCAAAUGUUCACAACCUAAAGAGAUAAAUGGCCCCAACAAUGGAAGCUACUACUUGGAAGUCAAAACUGGAGGUAGUCUCAUGGAAAAGAAAGACAAAAAAUGUGAAUUCUAUUUACAUAAUCUUUACUAUUCAACAGAAUAUGAGUUGAAGGUCUACUUCAACAAUGGAAUACUUUCUGGAAAGCCUGUUAUUAAGCAUCAUUCAACAUCUUAUAAUUCUAAAGCACUGAUUGCCUUUCUGGCAUUUCUGAUUAUUGUGACAUCAAUAGCCCUGCUUGUUGUCCUCUAUAAAAUCUAUGAUCUGCAUAAGAAAAGAUCUAGCAAUUUAGAUGAAGCACAGGAACUUGUUGAGAGGGAUGAUGAAAAACAGCUGAUGAAUGUUGAACCAAUUCAUGCAGACAAUUUGUUGGAAACUUAUAAGAGAAAAAUUGCUGAUGAAGGACGACUUUUUCUCGCUGAAUUUCAGAGCAUUCCACGGGUAUUCAGCAAGUUUUCUAUCAAGGAUGCUCGAAAGCCUUUCAACCAAAAUAAAAACCGUUAUGUUGACAUCCUGCCUUAUGAUUAUAACCGUGUUGAACUCUCUGAAAUAAAUGGAGAUGCAGGGUCAAACUAUAUUAAUGCCAGUUAUAUUGAUGGUUUCAAAGAGCCCAGGAAAUAUAUUGCUGCACAAGGCCCCAGGGAUGAAACUGUGGAUGAUUUCUGGAGGAUGAUCUGGGAACAAAAAGCCACUGUUAUUGUCAUGGUCACUCGAUGUGAAGAAGGAAACAGGAACAAGUGUGCAGAAUACUGGCCGUCAAUGGAAGAAGGCACACGGGCUUUUGGAGAUGUUAUUGUAAAAAUAUAUGAGCACAAAAAAUGUCCAGAUUAUAUCAUUCAGAAACUGAGCAUUACAAAUAAAAAGGAGAAAACCACUGGACGAGAGGUGACACACAUUCAGUUUACCAGUUGGCCAGACCACGGGGUGCCUGAAGAUCCCCACCUGCUCCUCAAACUGAGAAGGAGAGUGAAUGCUUUCAGCAACUUCUUUAGUGGCCCCAUUGUGGUACACUGCAGUGCUGGUGUUGGGCGCACAGGCACCUACAUUGGAAUUGAUGCCAUGCUAGAAGGGCUGGAAGCAGAGGGCAAGGUGGAUGUUUAUGGUUAUGUCGUCAAGCUCAGGCGACAGAGGUGUCUCAUGGUUCAAGUGGAGGCACAGUACAUCUUGAUCCAUCAGGCCUUAGUGGAAUAUAAUCAGUUUGGAGAAACAGAAGUAAAUUUGUCUGAAUUACAUCUGUGUCUGCAUAACAUGAAGAAAAGAGAUCCUCCCAGUGAGCCAUCUCCACUGGAAGCUGAAUUCCAGAGACUUCCUUCAUACAGGAGCUGGAGGACACAGCACAUUGGAAACCAAGAGGAAAAUAAAAAGAAAAACCGGAAUUCGAAUGUCAUUCCGUAUGAUUUUAACAGAGUGCCACUGAAACAUGAACUGGAAAUGAGCAAAGAGAGUGAGCAUGAUUCAGAGGAAUCCUCUGAUGAAGAAAGUGACUCAGAAGAAACGAGCAGAUAUAUCAAUGCAUCUUUCAUUAUGGGUUACUGGAAACCAGAAAUGAUGAUUGCUACUCAAGGACCAUUGAAAGAGACCAUUGGUGACUUCUGGCAGAUGAUAUUCCAAAGGAAAGUCAAGGUUAUUGUCAUGUUGACGGAACUGAAUCAUGGAAACCAGGAAAUCUGUGCUCAGUACUGGGGAGAAGAAAAGAAAACAUUUGGAGAUUUAGAAGUUGAUCUGAAGGACACAACCAAACAUUCAACUUAUACUCUCCGUGUAUUUGAAUUGAGACAUUCCAAGAGGAAAGAGCCUAGAACCGUGUACCAGUACCAGUACACCAACUGGAGUAUGGAACAACUUCCUGCAGAUCCCAAAGACUUAAUUUCCAUGAUUCAGAUUCUCAAACAAAAACUAUCCAAGAAGAAUUCCACUGAAGGGAAUAAGUACACCAAGAGUGUGCCUAUCCUAAUUCACUGCAGAGAUGGAUCUCAGCAAACAGGAAUAUUUUGUGCUUUGCUAAAUCUCUUGGAAAGUGCAGAAACCGAAGAGGUAGUGGAUGUUUUCCAAGUAGUGAAAUCUCUACGAAAAUCUAGGCCAGGAAUGGUUUCCACAUUUGAGCAAUACCAGUUCCUAUAUGACAUCAUUGCCAACACCUACCCUGCCCAGAAUGGACAAGUAAAGAAAAACAGCAAUCAAGAAGAUAAAGUUGAAUUUGAUAAUGAAGUGGACAAAGCAAAGCAGGAUGCUAAUUGCGUUCAUCAAGCUGGUGCCCCAGACAAGACCCACCAAGGAAGCAAAGAGGUGGAAGGUGCUGAACCCACAAGUGGCACCGAGGGGCCAGAACAUUCUGCCAAUGGUCCUGCGAGUCCAGCUUUAACUCAAAGCUCAUAGGAAAAGACGUACAUGGGGCAACUCAAAGCCUGUGCUAGCUGUUUUCUGUUUUUCUAGAAGUGGGAGGGAAAAAUAGGAAGACAUUGGACUGAUGAUCAAAGUGCACUGGACCAAUGUUUGGGGGAAGAUGCUAUUUUACCACUGUGGAAAAAAUAUUUAAGCCAGUUUUGCUAAGAUGUUUUGUACAGUGUUAUGCUUAUUUUAAAAUAUUACCUGUCGUUCAGCAAAAACAACUUCUUAGUAGUCUUCAUGUGUGUGUGUUUGAAUACCUGAUGGUGGACAGGUAGAGCUUUCAAAUGAAUUUAAAUGCUCUUGAGAAACUUUGCAUAAAACUUUUUUUUUUCUGAAGAAGAAAAAAAACCCACACUUUUUAUUGGAACUGUUAACUUAGCUUGAAAGAUCUAUUUUUAAGACAUAAAUUGCAUGUGUACUCUGUAUAAGAUUAGCAACAUGUACAUUUCUAGAAUGACCUCAAGAUGUCCUCCUUGUUCUACUCUGAUAUAUCUUAUAGUUCACUAUUUUACUUAGAGUACAUAAAAGUAGCAUGUGUGUGUAUAGGUACUACAAGAAAGUUAACCAAAUUAAAAUUUGGAAAUCUUA